GCGACGCCCCAACGACGCCCGGCAGGCCAAUAGAAAAAGCGAAACAAAAUGCUCGGGCGCCCGCACUACGCGGCGGAUUGAGGAGAGAGAGAGAUAUUAUGAGGCGGUGGCGGUUGGCAUUAGGGCGACCGCGGCCGAGUCACUGAAAAGCAAGCCCCCUGGUUUGGGUUGGGGUGGGCUUUUUUUUUUUGGCUCGGCGGCGGCGGCGGCAGCAGGGGGACUUUUGGGUGUGCGAGGGAGUGAGUGAGUGAGUGAGUGAGUGUGCAAGAGACCCAGAGAGAGAAAGAGAGAGAAGGGGGAAAGGAAGACGGCGGCUCGGAUGCCUUCCUGGACGCCUGCGUGGGGCUGAUCGCGAGUGGGAGCGAGGAAGGGGGGCGCGUGGGUUCGGACGAGGGUCUCUAUGCGGCUGCGGAUGCGUGUGGGGUGCGUGGGCCCCCUUUCCCUCCCCUCCGCCUCCUCCUCCUCCUUCUCCUCCUGGGCUGCUGCUACUUCCCCGUCCUCCUCCUCCUCCUCCUCUUCCUCCUCCUCCUCUUCGCCUUGAUCCCCCUUCCUCUCCUCUUCCUCUCUCCCUUCUUCUUUCUUGCCGUCCCCCCGCUCCCCGUCCGCCCGCCAGGCUGGGUCCCAUGGUGUUCCGAUCCCCUCUAGAGCUUUAUCCGGCCCAUUUCUUCCUGCCCAACUUCCCCAGCGAGCCGCACCCGGCCCACCACCACCCGCACCGCUCGCUCCUGCUGGCCAGCGGCGGCGGCGGCGGAGGGGCCACCACCACCGGACCUGGAGGAGGCGGAGGAGGAGGCGGAGGUGGAGGCUCGGGCGGCACUGGAGGCUCCUCCGCCGGCGGCGGCUCCUCGUCGUCGUCCUCGUCGCGCGUGGGGCCCGAAGAGCUGUCCAUGUUCCAGCUGCCCACGCUCAACUUCUCCCCGGAGCAAGUGGCCAGCGUCUGCGAGACGCUGGAGGAGACGGGCGACAUCGAGCGCCUGGGCCGCUUCCUGUGGUCGCUGCCGGUGGCGCCGGGCGCCUGCGAGGCCAUCAACAAGCACGAGUCCAUCCUGCGGGCCCGGGCCGUGGUGGCCUUCCACACGGGCAACUUCCGCGACCUCUACCACAUCCUGGAGAACCACAAGUUCACCAAGGAGUCGCACGGGAAGCUGCAGGCCAUGUGGCUCGAGGCCCACUACCAGGAAGCCGAGAAGCUGAGGGGGCGGCCGCUGGGCCCCGUCGACAAGUACCGCGUCCGCAAGAAGUUCCCGCUCCCGCGCACCAUCUGGGACGGCGAGCAGAAGACCCACUGCUUCAAGGAGCGGACUCGCAGCCUCCUGAGGGAGUGGUACCUCCAGGACCCCUACCCCAACCCCAGCAAGAAGAGGGAGCUGGCCCAGGCCACGGGCCUCACCCCCACCCAGGUCGGCAACUGGUUCAAGAACCGACGGCAGCGCGACCGGGCCGCCGCCGCCAAAAACAGGCUCCAGCACCAGGCCAUCGGACAGAGCGGGAUGCGGUCCCUGUCGGAGCCGGGCUGCCCGACCCACAGCUCGGCCGAGUCGCCCUCCACGGCGGCCAGCCCCACCACCAGCGUCUCCAGCUUGACCGAAAGAGCCGAGACCGGCACCUCCAUCCUCUCGGUAACCUCCAGCGACUCAGAAUGUGAUGUAUGAUAACGGAAAGGAACGCCAACCAGUACACUUGUGUUUUUUUCUUGGAAAAAAAUGUAAUAAUAAUAAUAACAACAACAUAACAACAUAAAAUUAUAUUUAAAAAUUACAUUGAACAAAACAGAUAAACCUAAGGAGAAAGAGAGGAUGAAAACAACUCCAUAAUAAUUAAGGGACAACAAAGGAAAAAUAAUAAUAAAGCCUUUCCAAAAUACUGAACAAUCCCCCUCCUAUUCAUAAGGAAAGUGACAUUGGAAAGAGUUUUUCCUUAAUUGAAAAACUCAAGCAAAAGGAAAAAAUAAGCAAUCCAUUGAGGGGAAGACAGAACACAAAAGGAAGGAAACAAACCACAAACUUGGACGGUUGGCGAUGCUGCAGCAGGGGAAAGAAAAUAUUAUUAUUACUAUUAUUAUUAUUAUUGAUGAUGAUGGUGGUCAUGCUUUGCUAAGUGACUAUUCUUAUUGAGGAAGGAAGGGAGGAAGGAAAGAAGGCGACCUUUGCAUUCUUUGUCGGACAAAACAAAACAAAAAUAUAUCCCAAGCACGUUGGAAGCUCUCUUUUCUUUAUUUUUUUGGUUCGGGUUUUUAUUUUUAAAUUUUUUUUGGUCUCAUGAAUCGCGCUUUCCCAUCAAAGACUGCAUUUACUUCACCCAUUUUUUGCAUGACGGUGAUGAAUUCAAUUUGUAUGGGGAGGUGGGGAGGGAAAUAUAUUAUUCUCGAUAAUAAAUGGACAAAAAAAUUCAAAAAGACUUGGGAAAGGGAGGGGAGAGAAGAAAAGACGACGCCGAGCAAGUUUGUACAAACAAAGAAAAAGGAAAAAAAUGCGGUUUUUUUUUAAAAAAAGGAACUCUUUGAAGAGGGAAAUAACAAAUGUUUAUCGCCUUUCGGUUGGAUUUUUUUAACAAUGUGUCUCUAUGGCUCUGUAAACCCCCUCCUCCUCCUCCUCCCAAUCCUCAAAUAUGCGAUGGUUUUAAACUAGAAGCAAUUUUGCCCCUCCCUCCCCUUUCUUUCUUUCUCUUCCCUUCCCUCGUUGGGUUGCUGGUUAUUAUUAUUUUCUUUUUGAAAUAAUAAUAAUUUGUUUUUGUUUUUAUUCUUUGGUUCAACAGACAAUCAUUUUUCUUCGUAAAGCACCUUUUUUUCUACACUUUCUGUCACUGCCUGUUUUGUGGGUACUGGUUAUAAAUGUGGAAAAAGAAUAGUUAAUGACUGUAACAGAUUUUUAUUUUUAUUUCAAAAUUUUAUAUGAAUUAUGUAUAAUAUCUUAAGCGAUGCGGUCCUUACCCCCUCCCCUCCCUCCUCCUCCUCCGGUUUGUAAUAUAUGUGUAGAAAAAAAUUGCUUGUAUAUGAGAUUUUUGGGCUCUUCUUUUCCUUGUCUCUCUUCCUUCUCUCUCGCUCUCUGCCCCCCCCCUUUCUCUUUCUUUCUUUCCUUCUCCUCCUGCUCUUUUCUCUCUCUCUUUCCCUCUUUUAUUUGGAAACGGAGCAGUCCCCAGGCUUUUCCUUCUUGCUUUUCUUUCUUUCCCUCUUCUCCUGCUCUUUUCCCUCUCUCAAGUCCUCAGACUCUUCCCUCUUGCCUUUCUUUCUUUCUUUCCUUCUUCAUCUUCUCUUUUCCCUCCCUCUUUCCUUCUUUUAUUUAGAAACGGACCAGUCUCCAGACUUUUCCCUCUUGCCUUUCUUUCUUUUCUUCUUCUCCUGCUCUUUUCCCUCUCUCAAGUCCCCAGACUCUUCCCUCUUGCAUUUCUUUCUUUCCUACUUCUCCUGCUCUUUUCCUUCCCUCAAGUCCCCAGACUCUUCCCUCUGUCCUUUCUUUCUUUUCUUCUUCUCCUACUCUUUUCCCUCCUUCAAGUCCCCAGACUCUUCCCUCUUGCCUUUCUUUCUUUCCUACUUCUCCUGCUCUUUUCCUUCCCUCAAGUCUCCAAACUCUUUCCUCUGUCCUUUCUUUCUUUACUCCUUCAUCUGCUCUUUUCCCUCCCUCAAGUCCUCGGACUUUUUCCUCUUGUAUUUCUUUCCUUCUUCUCCUGCUCUUUUUCCUCCCGCAUAGUCCCCAGACUCUUCCCUCUUGCCUUUCUUUCUUUUCUUCCUCUCCUGUUCUUCCCCCUCCCUCAAGUCCCCAGACUUUUCCCUCUCGCCUUUCUUUCUUUCCUUCUUCUCCUAUGCUUUUCCCUCCCUCAGACAUUUCCCUCUCGCCUUUCUUUCUUUCCUUCUUCUCCUGCUCUUUUCCCUCCCUCAAGUCCCCCGGACUCUUCCCUCUUGCCUUUCUUUCCCUCUUCUCCUGCUCUUUCCCCCCUCCCUCAUUGUCCCCAGACUUUUCCCUCCUGCUUUUCUUUCUUUCCUUCCUCUCCUGCUCUUUUCCCUCCUUCAUAGUCCCCAGACUCGAGUUCCUUGCACAAACUUUUGCCGUCAAGAGGUGACGGGUUCCGUUUCCAAAAAGAGACCUUGGCGACAGACGAAAAAAAACAGGCAAAAGGUGUCACUAUAUUUCUCUGAUGCAAAAAUCAUUUAGUUUCGCGAGUCCUUCAAUACUAAAUAGCCGCUUUCUUUGGGGGAGGGGGGUUUGAAAUCUCUUCUUCAACUCCGCCUAGGACGCUCAUGCCACUUGUUUUCCUUUACUGCGUGUUUAUCUCUAUGUACAAACUUUCUUAAAAAAAAAGAGAAACCAAUCAAAUACAGUAUUCCAUUUUUUCUUAUCUA